AUGAAUGCGAAUUUUGAUAAUUUAAACUUAUUAACGGCCUGGGUACCAGAUUCUACUACAGCUGUUACUGAGUUUAUAACCAAGGCUCUACUCAACAGUGCUGAAUCAAGUGCCCCUGAUAUUUUUUUAAAGUUGUAUUUUAUUGAUGCAACAAAUUCAUUUCCAAUUAGUCAAUUCCAAGAGACUAUACCUAUUUGCGAUGAGAAUAAUCAUAUAUAUGAAAACAUAAGAAUAACAACAUGUCUUGACCUUAAUGAACUAUUAAUAAAUAUAAAUAAAAUGACUCAAUUGAUUGCAAUCAACAGAUUUAAAAAACAACAAAAGAGUGAUAAUUCUGCAAAACAAUCAAUUAAAGAUCAACAAGGCAUCUGUAGAUCUGGAAUAUUAGUUUUCAUUAAUGGUAUUGAGAUUAUGUUUCGAAACUCGCAAAUAAAGAGUUCGAACGAGAAAAGCCAUUAUUUGUUACGUGAAGCAAUGCUGAAGCUUAGAGUCAUGGCUAAUCAAUACACACCAUCGGAAGAAGAAACAUCACUAAAAACAGUACUACAAUUUCCAGUAACUGAAGUAUUUGCAAGCACUAGCAAAGACUUGUCCCAGAAUAAGAAAAAUGGUAAGAGAAUGAAAAAUAAACAACACAUUAAAGGUAAUACAGUGGGGGAAUAUAUAUGCAAGUUUUAUGUUGACCAGAUAGUAUCAUAA